GAAAAGGCUCGAGCGCUAGAGCGGAAAACUGUAGCAAGCUACAGUAACUGGCCAUCCAUACGGAAUCCUGUAGCAUCUGUUAUCAUAUCAGCAUAAAACAAAACCUGAGCCCUGAAGUCAAUUUGGAGCACUCUACCAAUCGAAAGAAUGCAGCUUGGCCAGUCAACCCGGUGGGAGUGACUGAUAAAGAUGGGCCAAAGAAGUAGAGCCCACUGGUGAGGAGUGGUGAAGAGUCCAAACAGAACCAUAGCGGCUAAACUACCCCGAGCGCCAGCAUGCCCCGCCUCCCCUUCUGAACUCUCCUCCCACUCCGACUCAGUCCCUUCCACCCCCUGUCCCUCACGCACAGACACAGUCACUCUUGCCAGUCGAGCUACGGGCCGCGCUCGCCAUGGCCUCGGCCUACCUGUGGAAGCUGUCGUCCCAGAAGCUGGGGUUCUUCCUGGUGAGCUUUGGCUUCAUCUGGGGCAUGAUGCUGCUCCACUUCACCAUCCAGCAGCGGGCCACGCACGAGAGCAGCACCAUGCUGCGACAGCAGAUCCUGGAGCUCAGCAAGCGCUACAUCAAGGCCCUGGCCGAGGAGAACCAGAGCGUCAUGGACGGGCCCUACGUGGGAACCAUGACAGCCUAUGAUCUGAAGAAGACCCUGGCGGUGCUCCUGGACAACAUCAUGGUACGGCUGGGCAAGCUGGAGUCCAAGGUGGAGAACAUCUACAACAGCACGGGGGCUAACCUGACCAACGGCACCAGCACGGCCACCCCCAGCGCCUCCAAUGCGGAGAAGGUCAACGUGGCAGAUCUGCUGAAUGGCGCUCAGGAGAAAUGUGAGCUUCCCCCCAUGGACGGCUUCCCUCACUGUGAGAGCAAAGUCAAGUGGAUGAAGGACAUGUGGCGGUCAGACUCAUGCUACACUAACUAUGGCGUGGACGGCUCCACCUGCUCCUUCUUCAUAUAUCUCAGCGAGGUGGAGAACUGGUGCCCGCGCCUGCUGUGGAGGACCAAGACAUUGGACGAGGAGGCCGACCGGAGGGGCCAGACGGAGAUCCGGACGAGCUUCGAGGAGCUAUACCGGGUCAUGUCUCGGCGAGAGGAGUUCCGCUGGAUGAUGCUCCGGAUCAAGCGCAUGGAAGACCCCUGGAUCAACGCCAUCCACGCCCUGGCUGCCAAGCAGAACCUGGCCAAGCGCAAGAGGAAGAAGAUCCUGGUGCACCUGGGCCUGUUGACCAAGGAGUCGGGCUUCAAGAUUGCAGAGAAUGCCUUCAGUGGGGGCCCCCUGGGGGAGCUGGUUCAAUGGAGCGACCUCAUCACCACCCUCUACCUGCUGGGCCACGACGUACGCAUCUCCGCCUCACUGGCCGAGCUCAAAGAGAUCAUGAGGAGAGUGAUGGGGAACAAGUCCAGCUGCCCCACCCAGGGGGACAAGGUGGUGGAGCUCAUCUACAUUGACAUUGUGGGCCUGACCCAGUUCAAGAAGACACUGGGGCCCUCCUGGGUCCACUACCAGUGUAUGCUGCGGGUUUUGGAUUCCUUCGGCACAGAGCCCGAGUUCAACCACGCCCACUAUGCUCAGUCCAAGGGCCACAAGACCCCCUGGGGCAAGUGGAACCUCAACCCCCAGCAGUUCAACACCAUGUUCCCCCACACCCCAGACAACAGCUUCCUGGGCUUUGUGGUUGAGCAGCAUCUGAACGCCAGCGACAUCCGCCACAUUGACGAAGUCAAGCGGCAGAACCAGUCGCUGGUCUACGGCAAGGUGGACAACUUCUGGAAGGACAAGAAGACCUACCUAGACAUCAUCCACACCUACACGGAGGUGCACGCCACCGUGCACGGUACCAGCACUGUGCACUUGCCCAGCUACGUGAGAAACUACGGCAUCCUGAGCGGCCGUGACCUGCAGUUCCUCCUCAGGGAGACCAAGCUGUUUGUUGGCCUGUCCUUCCCCUACGAAGGCCCCGCCCCCCUAGAGGCCAUAGCCAAUGGCUGUGCCUUCCUCAACCCCAAGUUCACCCCGCCCAAGAGCAGCAAGAACACGGACUUCUUCAAGGGCAAGCCCACCCUGAGAGAGUUAACCUCCCAGCACCCAUAUGCUGAGGUGUACAUUGGCCAGCCCCACGUGUGGACGGUGAACAUCGACAACCCUGCAGAGGUGGACAGAGCCAUCCGCUCAAUCCUCAGUCAGAAGAUCGAGCCCUACCUGCCCUAUGAGUUCACCUGUGAGGGGAUGCUGCAAAGAGUCAACGCCUUCAUUGAGAAUCAGGAUUUCUGCCAUGGCCAGGUGAUGUGGCCUCCCCUCAGUGCUCUGCAGGUGAAGCUGGCUGAGCCGGGGAGCUCCUGUAAGCAGGUGUGUCAGGAGGAGCAGCUCAUCUGCGAGCCCUCCUUCUUCCAGCACCUCAACAAGGACAAGGACCUGGCCCGGUUCGGCAUGGACUGCCAGACGGUGGAGUCGUCGGGCGACACGGUGGUGCCUGCGUACAGCGACGCACGUCACCACUGCGUCUUCCAGUCAGACCUGCUGCUGUUCAGCUGCGCAGGCGCCCACCCCUCCCUCAAACGCGUCUGCCCCUGCCGGGACUACAUGAAGGGCCAGGUGGCGCUGUGCAAAGGCUGCCUAUAGCCCCUGUCUGUCUGGGUGUGUGGAGAGCAUCGAACUGGAGUGGAUUGGACCCCGUCUCCUUCCAGAGCGCUGCAGGGAAUGGGGGGUUGGGGACCUCUAGCUCUAACCACUCAGAUGGCUUGACUGCUCCCCCUGGCUCCACACCUGCAGUCCUGGAGCCUAACUCCUCCCACAGCCAGGCCUCUGGAGGGGGGAAGAGCAGCCUGGGAACCAGACAACCAGGAGACAUCUGUAUUAUUUAUGUCUGUUUUUAAUCGCCUGAACUUUGACCUUUAAGGCAUUUUGAUCAGCUUGUCAGACAGACACAGCAUCGGCAGCAAACUGUGGAAAUUCAAAUGGUGGACAGAAAGAGGCCAGUGAGCUAUAUACAUAUUCUGGGAACUAGGAAUGUCAAUGAAACAGUUUUCAGUAAGGCACGGGGCAGGAGGAAAGGAGUGUACAGAAAAAAGAGACAUUGCGCAUCGGCCUGAAUUACUUGAAUCAAUGGGAGUCGCUGUAUAUUUGAGGCAGAGUGCAUGGCAACAGAGCUCCCUACUGCCCCUAGGAUGUGUGGCAGUGGGUGGUACUGCAGCCGGUGGCCCAGUGAAUCCACCCACUGUAUCUCUCCAAGCUUGCAGUCGCAUCGUGGGACCAACGGGCUGGUGUGUCGCCACACUCGGCAUGCUUUCCUUUCUGCCCCCUGUCCCUUUUUAUCUUUGAACUCUUUUAGCUAUGUAGGUUUGCACUGGAGACCCAUAAGGGGCCGUCCCAGGCAAUAAGGCUCUGUUUCAAUGUCCACAAUAGCGUACUACUUAGGAUGAAGCAAUGCACAGGGCAUGUAUUCUGAAGGGUAUGCUCCAAUGGAAAGUUGCCCGUAGACCCUGAUCUAUGGUCAGUUUUGCAUUUCCCUUAUUUAUGGUUACGAUUGGGGGAGUGGAAGCUGAUCCUAGAUCUGUACCUAGGGGAGUGAAGAAGAAGAAGAGGCAGAGCCAGUUUUACACUGUAACUGUACCGCUCCCCAUAGUCGCGUCUGGACAGGGGAGCGGGUCAGAUGUAGAUAUAAUGUUGAUUUUUAAAUGUCCAAAUCGCAAAUCACUUUUAAUCCUGAGGCAUUGUCCCUCGUGGUCAUUCAACUACACCUUACACACACACCGUCCACCAUGGCUACUCUGUAGCCCUGCAUGGUAGAUUGACCCUCCUCAUGUUCCCAAUGUACAGAUUAGAGGCUGAGUUUUUGACUUGCACACAUUCACAGCCACACACACCUGACUGACCGGUUGGGAUGUGCUGGGGAAAAGAGGUGUGUGCAAAAUAAUUGCCAGUAGCUAAUGAAAAUAAUAAUUUGUCAUUGAUCAAUUUCAAUCAAAUGUUUAAACAAUGGAUUAUCAGGUCAGAUCAGUCACAUGCUGCAUGUGACGGGGAGUCUGUGUGACAUAGAUGACAUAGUGUUGUACUGUUCUGUAGACAGUAGAACACCAUCACAGCUGUAGUGGGAAAGGGCCCCCUAUCAGAUCAAACAUCACUCCGCUCAAUCACCGGUAUCACAUAGGACCAUUGCCUUGACCACAAUAGAUUUGGGGAAAAUAUUCUAAAUUCUAAAGAGAUAUAUUGAUCAUGAACAUUUGUAUUAUAGAUAUUUAAAUCUUUAUGUAUACAGUAGACCGAAAGAUGCACACACAAACGUAAUUUCUAUGGAUGUAAUGUAAGUUAUAGCUCUUGACAGAGCAACACACACACCUGCAACUUUACUUGUUUCCUUCAUUUGGAGAUCGUUUAGGAUCCUAAUUUGCCUGCCAAUUUUUUAUUUUAUUUUACGCGUCAAUAAAAGCUUGAAUUAGUA